CUCCCCUGUGACAUCAUUUUGUCGGGGUUCAAGAACGGAUAUUCGUUUUAGUGAAUCGCUCGCUUUUGGAGUCGUCUGCAUGUUGUCGUUUUGGUCGGAACAAAUCAGGUCGCUAACCGUGCUCUCCAGGAUAACGGAUCAACUACUUGCACCCUAUGGCAGAGGAUACCAUGGGAGAGGACGAUAUCGAGUUCAUAUCCAAGGCGGAUUGGGCCGGGCAGAUGGCAUCUGCGGGCGCUGCUUCUGGGCCGCCAAGUUCUGCCAUAAAAGGGGAAACCAUCGAGGCUAUCAAACGAGACUUCUUCCUUAUCGAUCACGCUUAUGAUACCGGACGCAUCCGGCCCAGGUACAUCGAGUUAUCUGCAUCGCAGAUCAAGCAGCACGUUGACACCAUCGAGGGCGACUUUGGUCACAGGAUCGGUCUGUUUCAAGGCUGGUCUCAAGUCUCAAAUUGGAUCGAAAGCGAAACAAAGCUGGCCUGGCAAGAACUCAUCGAAGCAAUCUACAAUCAACACCACGAUCUCGUGUAUGAUAUGCUGCUGGAGGGGCUUGAGAGUGUUCUGCACUCGAGCGAAGAGCCGGCCAAAACCCGUCAGAAAUACAGGUAUCUUCUGGCGAUCAGUAGACCUCCUCUCACCCAUGCGUCGGGAGUGAAUUUGAGAGCGUACCUCAAUUCAACGGCCAUUGCGGGAUCCAAGACAUAUCGAGACCGAUUCAAGACGGCGAAUCCUGCCGAAACGGUUACAUACAGGAACAGAACGAAGCUGCUAUUGAAGUUAUACGUGAAAUUAAAUCAUACAGUAUCCGAUGCUCCCUCAGGAGUGUCGCAUGGCACCUCGAGGUAUGAGAUCAAGGAUCUGGAAACAGGAUCAGCUGGACAACCGGGAUCGGAUAGACCAGAUCAGGCGAGACCGAACGCAAGGCAGAUCGAAGCGGCUCUUGAAAGCCACACGGAUCCGGACGAUAUUUGGGUAUUUCAUCCAGGGGGCGACUCUCCAGUCCUACAGCGAGUCAGGCUCAUUGGCAUAUUGGGUCAAGCAAAUGCUCCUCGAGCCGAUUCCUUAGCACAAAUAUUGUCUUGCCUCAAGGUUGGUAACAUCAUCGAUGGUACCAUCUUUGCCAUAGCCAUGCACGGCCCAUCCUUUCGCAUGUUUCAGUAUACCGGUCUUGACGAAGUCUCAACUUGGGUCUACAAGAAGAAUACUCACACGCUUCAAACGAAAGGGGCUCACUACGCGGAAGACGGGAUCCUCGAAAUUCCAUAUGAAAAGGCAGUUGUAGCCUUUGCUGGAUCCGACGCACCGGAGAUGUUCGUCAUCGAGAAGGAGGCGAAAGAAACGUUUUCCGUCCUCGUCGAGUUCCUCAUCACUGCUUCACAGGCAGUUGGCAGGUCAACUCGCAAGCACGAAGUCACGAUUGCGAAGAGGUUGAAGACGAGGAUCGACGAACUUCUUAGUUACGACGAGCCAGUGAUGAACUUUGCGGCAUCAGCGGAGGAGUUGCAGAUGGAGCGUGUCAGGAUCACUGGUGUCAGUGUAGAGACAACGGCUCCUGUCGUUUCCUACGUCAAGGUCGGGGAUCCCGCUGGAACACCGAGCGGUGCCAAAAGUCAACGAAUGGCAAGCUCAUCUCACUCAGACGAUAAUGCGACUCGUGAUAACUCUUGCCCAGGAAAUCCCAGCUGCGACGAGGACAUGCAAGAUGGCCUAGAUCCACAGCUAGGAACCGAAGCCGAUCCGUGGAGGUCGAUCCUGGACGCAGAUUCGCCACCGGUGGACGUCAAGGUGAUGAACUGGCAAAGCGAACACGUCUCGUCGAUAGGCGACGAGGUCACGUCCCACAAAGUUCCGCCCAUCGAAUCCAUCGAAUCUCCACCGGAUGUCGAGAGUCAGGACGAUGUGGAUUGGAUCUAUGAGGACUCGAUUCUGGAAAACGGGCAUGGAUAGAGGUGAGGGUAUGACAACCCCAUGAUGUGGUAUAGGAAAACUAGAUGAUUUUACGUAUCAUUAACAACGCUGCGAUGUAAAUCGGAAUAGCGGACGAGAUGCAGACU